AUGACCCACAGCCCCGCCACAAGCGAGGACGAGGAAGGCCACAGCGCCAGCGAGUGUCCCGACGGGGGCUCCGAAUCACACAGCUCCCCAGACGGGCCAGGGCGAGGCCCCCGGGGGUCCCAGGCCCGGGGCAGCAGCGGCACACCUGCUAGCUUGGCCUCGGCUCGGGGCCUUCAAGGUCGCUCCAUGUCUGUCCCCAACGACGCCCACUUCAGCAUGAUGGUGUUCAGGAUCGGCAUUCCGGACCUGCACCAGACGAAAUGCCUGCGCUUCAACCCGGACGCUACCAUCUGGACAGCCAAGCAGCAGGUGCUCUGUGCGCUGAGCGAGAGCCUCCAGGACGUGCUCAACUAUGGCCUCUUCCAGCCGGCCACUUCGGGGCGCGACGCCAACUUCCUGGAGGAGGAGAGGCUGCUGCGAGAGUACCCUCAGUCCUUUGAGAAGGGGGUGCCCUACCUGGAGUUUCGGUACAAGACUCGAGUGUACAAGCAGACCAACCUAGAUGAGAAGCAGCUGGCCAAGUUGCACACCAAGACGGGGUUGAAGAAGUUCCUAGAAUAUGUGCAGCUUGGGACAUCCGACAAGGUGGCGAGGCUGUUGGACAAGGGGCUGGACCCCAAUUACCACGACUCGGACUCAGGAGAGACUCCCUUGACACUGGCGGCCCAGACUGAGGGUUCCGUGGAGGUGAUUCGAACCCUGUGCCUGGGCGGGGCCCACAUCGACUUCCGGGCCCGGGAUGGCAUGACAGCGCUGCACAAGGCCGCGUGUGCCCGCCACUGCCUCGCACUCACGGCACUUCUGGACCUCGGGGGCUCUCCCAACUACAAGGACCGCCGGGGACUGACUCCUCUGUUCCACACGGCUAUGGUUGGGGGGGACCCCCGCUGCUGCGAGCUGCUGCUAUACAACAGGGCCCAGCUGGGGGUGGCCGACGAGAAUGGCUGGCAGGAGAUCCACCAGGCCUGCCAGCACGGCCACUCCCAGCACCUGGAACACCUGCUCUUCUAUGGGGCGGAGCCUGGAGCCCAGAACGCCUCCGGGAACACGGCCCUGCACAUAUGUGCCCUCUACAACAAGGAGACCUGCGCCCGGAUCUUGCUCUACAGAGGGGCCAACAAGGACGUGAAGAACAAUAGCGGGCAGACUCCCUUCCAGGUGGCCGUCAUUGCUGGGAAUUUUGAGUUGGGGGAGUUGAUCCGAAAUCACCGAGAACAGGACGUGGUACCCUUCCAGGAGUCCCCCAAGUACGCAGCGCGGCGGCGGGGCCCCCCAGGCGCAGGGCUGACAGUGCCCCCGGCCCUGCUACGGGCCAACAGUGACACCAGCAUGGCACUGCCCGACUGGAUGGUGUUCUCAGCCCCGGGGACCUCGUCUUCGGCGGCCCCCGGCCCAGCUCCGGGACCCCAGGGCCCAGCGCAGCCUUCAGCCCCCAGCACCAAAGUCAGCAGCGGGACCCUCCGGAGCGCCAGCAGCCCUCGCGGUGCCCGUGCCCGCUCCCCAUCCCGAGGAAGACACCCCGAGGAAGCCAAGAGGCAGCCCCGGGGGCGGCCCAGCUCCAGCGGGACCCCCCGGGAAGGCCCGGCUGGGGGCACCGGCGGCUCCGGGGGUCCCGGGGGCUCCCUGGGCAGCCGUGGCAGGCGGCGGAAGCUGUACUCGGCCGUGCCCGGACGCUCCUUCAUGGCUGUGAAGUCGUACCAGGCCCAAGGCGAGGGAGAGAUCUCACUGAGCAAAGGCGAGAAGAUCAAAGUGCUCAGCAUCGGAGAAGGAGGCUUCUGGGAGGGGCAGGUCAAAGGUCGCGUCGGCUGGUUCCCCUCGGACUGCCUGGAGGAAGUGGCCAACCGCUCACAGGAGGGCAAGCAAGAAAGCCGCAGCGACAAGGCCAAGAGGCUGUUCCGGCACUACACCGUGGGCUCCUACGACAGCUUCGACGCCCCCAGCCUGAUGAAUGGGAUUGGCCUAGGGAGCGAUUACAUCAUCAAGGAGAAGACUGUCCUGCUGCAGAAGAAGGACAGCGAGGGCUUCGGCUUCGUGCUCCGGGGGGCCAAGGCGCAGACCCCCAUCGAGGAGUUCACACCCACCCCGGCCUUCCCGGCGCUGCAGUACCUCGAGUCGGUGGACGAGGGUGGCGUGGCAUGGCGAGCAGGGCUGCGGAUGGGAGAUUUCCUCAUCGAGGUGAACGGGCAGAACGUGGUGAAGGUCGGCCACCGCCAGGUGGUGAACAUGAUCCGCCAGGGGGGCAACACGCUGACAGUCAAGGUGGUGAUGGUCACCAGGCACCCGGACAUGGAUGAGACCGUGCACAAGAAAGCACCCCAGCAGGCCAAGCGGCUCCCGCCCCCAGCCAUCUCCCUGCGUUCCAAGUCCAUGACCUCAGAGCUGGAGGAGAUGGUCUCCCCCUGGAGGAAGAAGAGUGAAUACGAGCAGCAGCCGCCACCGGUACCCAGCAUGGAGAAGAAGCGGACCGUGUAUCAGAUGGCUCUCAACAAACUGGAUGAAAUCCUGGCCGCCGCUCAACAGACCAUCAGUGCCAGUGAGAGCCCUGGGCCUGGUGGCCUUGCAUCCCUGGGGAAACACCGGCCCAAAGGCUUCUUUGCCACCGAGUCGAGCUUCGACCCCCACCACCGCUCCCAGCCCAGCUACGAGCGCCCCUCAUUCCUCCCUCCCGGACCUGGACUUAUGCUCAGGCAGAAGUCAAUUGGGGCUGCAGAAGACGACAGACCCUACCUGGCGCCCCCAGCCAUGAAGUUCAGCCGCAGCCUGUCCGUGCCCGGUUCCGAGGACAUUCCCCCGCCGCCCACCACGUCGCCCCCAGAGCCCCCUUACAGCACCCCGCCCGCACCCUCCUCCUCGGGCCGCCUUACGCCCUCUCCGCGGGGAGGCCCCUUCAACCCCAGCUCGGGGCACACACCCCUGCCCGCCUCCUCCCCGGCGUCCUUCGACGGACCCUCCCCUCCGGAUGUGCGCGGUGCCGCCGGGGGCCGAGACAAGAGCCUGUACCACGCGGGGCCCCUGCCGCCGGCGCACCAUCACCCGCCGCACCACCACCACCACCACGCGCCGCCCCCGCCCCCGCACCACCACCACGCGCACCCCCCGCACCCGCCCGAGAUGGAGACGGGCGGCGCCCCCGACGACCCCCCGCCCCGCCUGGCCCUAGGGCCGCAGCCCAGUCUGCGCGGCUGGCGGGGCGGCGGGCCCAGCCCGAGCCCGGGGGCGCCGUCGCCUUCGCAUCACGGCGGCGGUGGCGCGGGGGUAGGCGGCGGCGGUGGCGGCGGCUCCCCUCAGGCGCCGGCCCUGCGCUACUUCCAGCUGCCCCCGCGGGCCGCCAGCGCGGCCAUGUACGUGCCGGCGCGCUCGGGCCGCGGCCGCAAGGGCCCGCUGGUGAAGCAGACCAAAGUGGAGGGCGAGCCCCAGAAGGGCGGCCUCCCGGGCGCCGGCGCGCCGCCCUCCUCGCCCGCGUCCCCGCAGCCGACGCCCUCGGCCGGGGCCGCGCCGUCCGAGAAGAAUUCCAUCCCCAUUCCCACCAUCAUCAUCAAGGCCCCGUCCACCAGCAGCAGCGGCCGCAGCAGCCAGGGCAGCAGCACCGAGGCCGAGCCCCCCACGCAGCCCGAGGUGGCGGGCGGAGGAGGAGGAGGUGGCGGUUCCGCCCCGAGCCCCGCGCCCGUCCUGUCGCCCGCGCUGCCGUCGCCGUCGCCCGUGCCCACGCCCGCGUCGCCCAGCGGCCCGGCCACCUUGGACUUCACCAGCCAGUUCGGCGCGGCCCUGGUGGGCGCGGCGCGCAGGGAAGGCGGCUGGCAGAACGAGGCGCGCCGGCGCUCCACGCUCUUCCUCUCCACCGACGCGGGCGACGACGAGGGCGGCGGCGACGGGAUGGGCGCGGGCGCGCCCCCCGGGCCCCGCUUGCGCCACUCCAAGUCCAUCGACGAAGGCAUGUUCUCGGCCGAGCCCUACCUCCGGCUGGAGUCGGCGAGCGCGGGGGGCGGCGCGGGCUACACGGGCUACGGGGCCGCGGGCCGGGCCUACGCGGGCAGCGCCGGCGGCGGCAGCAGCGCCUUCACCAGCUUCCUGCCGCCGCGGCCCCUGGUGCACCCGCUCACGGGGAAGGCCCUGGACCCGGCCUCGCCGCUCGGGCUGGCCCUGGCCGCGCGCGAGCGGGCGCUGAAGGAGUCCUCGGAGGGCGGCGGCGCCCCGCAGCCCCCCGCCAGACCCCCGUCGCCCCGCUACGACGCCCCGCCGCCCACGCCGCACCACCACUCGCCCCACGCCCACCACGAGCCCGUGCUGCGCCUCUGGGGCGCCUCACCAGCCGACCCUGCUCGCCGGGAGCUGGGCUACCGGGCAGGGCUGGGCGGCGUGGAGAAGGCGCUCCCGGCCAGCCCGCCCGCCGCGCGCCGCUCGCUGCUGCACCGCCUGCCGCCCGCCGGGCCCGGGGUCGGGCCGCUCCUGCUGCAGCUGGGGCCCGAGCCGCCCACCCCGCACCCCGCCGUGAGCAAGGCCUGGCGGUCCGGGGCCCCCGAAGAGCCGGAGCGGCUGCCCCUCCACGUGCGCUUCCUGGAGAAUUGUCAGCCGCGCGCCCCGACGGCGAGCGGCAGGGGACCGCCGGCCACCGAGGACGGGCCCGGGGCGCCCCCGCCGCCUCCCAGCCCCCGCCGGUCGGUGCCCCCGUCGCCCACGUCGCCGCGGGGCGGAGAGGAGAACGGCCUGCCGCUGCUCGUCCUGCCGCCCCCCGCACCCUCCGUGGACGUGGAGGACGGCGAGUUCCUCUUCGUGGAGCCGCUGCCCCCGCCCCUGGAGUUCUCCAACAGCUUCGAGAAGCCCGAGUCGCCGCUCACGCCGGGGCCCCCGCUGCCACUGCCCGAGCCGCCGGCCCCAGCCUCGCCCCUGCCCCCCGCGCCGUCCCCGGCCGGGGCCGCCCCCGCCCCACCCGCCCUGGACUCCACCGCCUCGAGCCUGACCUCCUACGACAGCGAGGUGGCCACGCUGACCCAGGGGGCCCCCGCUGCCCCCGGGGAGCCGCCCCCGCCGGGCCCGCCCGUCCCCGCCGCGCCCGCCGCGCCCGCCCCGCAACCCGGGCCGGACCCUCCGCCGGGCACCGACUCGGGCAUUGAAGAAGUGGACAGCCGCAGCAGCAGCGACCACCCGCUGGAGACCAUCAGCAGCGCGUCCACCCUCAGCAGCCUGUCCGCGGAAGGCGGCGGCGGCAGCACGGGCGGCGGGGGCAGCGGCGUGGCCAGUGGGCCCGAGCUCUUGGACACCUACGUGGCGUACCUGGACGGCCAGGCCUUCGGGGGCGGCAGCACCCCCGGUCCGCCAUACCCGCCCCAGCUCAUGACGCCUUCCAAGCUGCGGGGCCGGGCACUGGGGGCCGGCGGAGGCCUGCGGCCCGGCCCCACGGGGGGCCUCCGCGACCCUGUCACCCCCACCAGCCCGACCGUGUCGGUGACAGGGGCUGGAACCGAGGGGCUGCUGGCCCUGACCGGCUGCUCGGGACCCUCGGCGGCGGGCGUGGUCGGGAGUCCAGUGGCCGUGGAGUCCGAAGUGCCCCCGGUGGCCUUGCCGGCGGCCUCCUCGCUGCCCCGGAAGCUGCUGCCUUGGGAGGAAGGCCCGGGCCCACCGCCUCCACCCCUGCCGGGACCCCUGGCCCAGCCUCAGGCCUCCGCCUUGGCCACCGUCAAAGCCAGCAUCAUCAGCGAACUCAGCUCCAAGCUGCAGCAGUUCGGGGGCGCCUCAGCAGCCGGCGGUGCUCUGCCCUGGUCCCGGGGAGGCGGCGGGGGAAGCGGGGACGGCCACCACACGGGAGCCAGCUACGUCCCCGAGAGGACCUCCUCGCUGCAGCGGCAGAGACUCUCCGAAGACUCCCAGUCCUCACUCCUGUCCAAGCCAGUCAGCGGCCUCUUUCAGAACUGGUCCAAGCCACCUCUGCCAGCACUCCCCACCGGAACCGCCAUCUCCCCUUCUGCCGCAGCGGCUCCGGGGGCCACCUCCCCCUCGGCCUCCUCUUCCUCGGGGUCCACUCGCCACCUCCAGGGCGUGGAGUUUGAGAUGCGGGCCCCGCUGCUCCGCCGGGCCCCGAGCCCCUCACUGCUGCCCGCCUCGGAGCACAAGGUCAGCCCCGCGCCCAGGCCCUCGUCGCUGCCCAUCCUGCCUUCCGGACCCCUCUACCCGGGGCUCUUCGACAUCCGCGGCUCCCCGACGGGAGGCGCGGGAGGCUCGGCAGACCCCUUCGCCCCUGUCUUCGUGCCACCGCACCCCGGAAUCUCCGGAGGGCUAGGAGGAGCUUUGUCAGGGGCCUCUCGCUCCCUCUCACCGACCCGCCUGCUGUCGCUGCCCCCCGACAAGCCGUUUGGCGCUAAACCUCUGGGGUUCUGGACCAAGUUCGACGUGGCUGACUGGCUGGAGUGGCUCGGCCUAGCUGAGCACCGAGCCCGGUUCCUGGACCAUGAGAUUGACGGCUCUCACCUGCCCGCCUUGACCAAGGACGACUACGUGGACCUGGGCGUGACCAGGGUGGGCCACCGCAUGAACAUCGACCGGGCUCUCAAAUUCUUCCUGGAGAGGUGA